AGCUCUCUUCGUUGCAGACAAAAGGUGGAAAUGAACAUAUAUACUGUUGUAUAUCUUGUUUCGUGUGGGAGCCACGGGCACGUUUGAUGUCUCGGAAGAAGCCAGCAACGCACGUUGCGAGAAACCUGCAAUACUCGGAAGCAACUUUCGGCGCCGGUCGACUUGACUUGACUUGACUCGGGGCGCUUCCGGGCUAACCCAGCGUGCAUUCCCCCGAAGCAGCAGCAACAGCAGCAACAUUAACAGCAGCAACGUUAACAGCAGCAGCAGCAGCGUUAAUCCUCGAGACAGCGAGAUUCUUCCGGUCCGCUCCACCACCGUCCGGACGGAAAGAGAGCGUGUAGGUGAAACAGAAACAGAAACAAAAACCCGAAAGCGAAAGCGAAACCGAACCGAUGCCUCGAUGCCCGAGAUUCGCGUGGGACACAACUGCACGACCAACCCCCCGGGUCCAGAAGCCGGUGGCAUCCGCAGCAGCGGCCGAAACCGCCAGCUAGGCCCACGGCGUUCGAAUCGGAGCGGGUUCGAUUCCGGUGGCGACGGCGACGGCCACGCCGGGUCCGGGUUUGCCCUCUCCGAAGCCGAUGGUUCCCCCGGUGCCGCACCUCCCGCCAGCCGAGACAAUGACAAAGACGAAGCCAGAGCCGAAGACCGGGUCGGGUUCUACCGGUGCUCCCGCAGCGCAGAGUCGUGCGGAAAGUUCGUCCUGGCCCACAAGCGGUGGUUCGUCGCCGGGGUUCUCCUCUUUCUGGCCGCGGACGCCCUGCUCCUGGGUCUAUUGCUGUCGCGACCGGCCUCGCAGUCGGCGAAAUCGGCAUCGCCAUCGCCAUCGCCAUCGCCAUCGCCAUCGCCAUCGCCACCGGGCCAGCACCCCCACCCCAACCACGAACCAGAUCCCGUCUCCCCUUCCGAAUUCCUCCCCGGCAACGGCCAAAACCAAACGGCUGAUUCGGAGGCCUAUCGCAUCGACAAGACGCGGACCGGUCGGUUCGAGCUUCUGGAGGUGGUCCCGCACGAUUCCAACGCCUUUACACAGGGCCUGGAGAUCCUGUCGGUGGCCAAGAUCGAGCUCAUGGAGCGCUACCGGCAACAACCGCAACAGCAACCGCAGCAGCAAGAUUCCCCCGCGGGAGAAACCCCGCAAUGGCCCGGGAGAAACGACACCAACACAAACAUUGCCGGCGGGCUCCCUCUCGCGACCUUCCCCAACGCCUCCGCCGGGCCGCUGUCCGCUGCAUCGCCGGAGGGGUACGUGCUCGAGUCGACGGGGCAGUACGGGGCCUCGACCCUGCGCAUCGUGGAACUGGGCACGGGGAAGGUGGUCGACGAGCUCGAGCUCGGCGACGAGGUGUUUGGGGAGGGCUGCACCUAUUACUACCACGACCACGGCCCGGCCCUUUCGCCCGGGGAGGAAGAGGGAGAACGGAACGGCGUGGUCCGCGUCGUCCAGAUCACCUGGACCUCCGGCCGGGGAUACGUGUACGAGCGGCCGGUCCCUUCCGGGAGCGAGACCUGGGGAGACGCCCCCGGACUCGCCCGCGUGGGGGAGUUCCGGUUCUCCUCCGAGACGACCAGCGGGGAGGGCUGGGGGAUCGCCUACCUACCCGCACGGAACCAGUUCGUGGUCAGCGACGGAACGGAGUACCUGCACUUCUGGGAGCUGACCGAAACGGAAGCCACCGGUUCUUCCAACGACCGGUCCUUUGCCUUUGACCUGGCGGACAGGGUCGCCGUCCGGGAGCUCCGCCGAGAAGAAGACCCCCCGGGGGAUUCGCCCGGAGAUGCCCGGUGGACGCGGGUCGACGACCUCAACGAGCUCGAGUGGGAUCCCUACUCCUACGGCGGAAACACGAUCCUGGCCAACGUCUGGCAGACCACCGAGGUCCUGCGGAUCUGGGUGGGGGCCGGGGACCCCCGCCUCAUCGCCGGAACCGUCUCGCACGCCUACGACCUCUCGGACCUGGAGGACAGGGCGGACCCCCGGCGAAGGGGGGCCGUCCUCAACGGGAUCGCCGUUGCCUACGGUUCCUCCCCCGCUCGUUCCGCCGGCGGGUUCUGGGUCACGGGAAAGUACUGGCCCGAGAUGUACCGGAUACGGCUCCUCGACGGCGGAUAGCGGGUGCGGCGACAGCGUCGCUGUCGGACGUGCCUGGCCCGGACCGACGAAGAGAAAGAAAGAAAGAAUGAAUGAAUCCCGAUGAAACGGAAGACGAAAUCUAAAACUAAGAAUGUCACAGCCAAUACUGCAUUCUCCGGGGUUUGCUGUUGUGUUUUGGGUCACCGAUCGCUUUGAAAGAAAUUUCGUACAGAAGCAGGACCUCAAAAGAACUAUAGAGGGGCAAUACGAUGCCGCUGAAGCAUUACUACUACUACUACUACUGGUAAUUCUAGUAGUAGUACUACUAGCACUAGUACUGAUAGAUUUUCUGCUUUUAUUCGUUUCCUUCCUCUCCUGCUGCUCUAGUAGUUUUGCGUAGGGAAGAAGCAAAAACAACAAAAUAGAUUGAUAUCAGCGUC